AUGCAGCAGAGACAGUUGCAUUUGAAAAAGAAAGCUGUUGAUAGUUUACGCAGGAAAAGAGACGAGAGACAGAGAGAAAUGAAUAGAAUGAGAGAAGCGAAAGGAGAGCUAGAACAAAGGGUAGAAGAGAUGAAUUUAUUGCUGAAAAAUGCAGAGACAGCAAGUGAAGAUGCAGAGAGAAGAUUAAGGGAGAACGAGGAGGUGCUGAACAUUGCAGCAGAAGACGUACAACUGAGUGAUAAGGAAAUAGGCAGUGGAGCAUUUGGAUCUCACUGUUUGUGUUGGCUGCUGGCGUGGCUGCCCAGUGGCUGCCCAGUGGCUGUCAAAGUGUUACACAAGGAACUGGCAAAGGAUCAUUACCAGAGACGUCUGUUUGAACAGGAAGUGUGCGUUUCUUCCAGAUUACAUCAUCCCAAUAUUGCGGUUGUGUGUGGUGUCGCUCGUCAACUCGAUGCUCCAUUCUGUCUGAUUAUGGAACUAUUACAGGCUUCAUUGUCAGAUGUCAUUGAAGCAGCACACGUGAGUGGCAUCUACUUGACAUUGAGAGGACAGACAGAUCUUGCUCAUGUUUGUUUGAGUGGCCUCACAUAUUUGCACAAUUUGCCUCGUCCUAUUCUGCAUGGUGAUAUUCGUCCUACAAACAUCCUCAUCACAUCAGUGAUGAGAGCAAAGAUAGGAGACUUGGGUGCUGCUCAUUUUACUGAUGGUUCACUGUCAGUGGGUCCUAUGAAUACACUGUACGUUGCACCAGAAAGAUUGGCCAAUAACGCUUUACCCAACAGGCAACAAGCAGAUGUGUACAGUAUGGGAGUAAGUCUGGGAGAGUUGUUUACUGGAUAUCAAGGGACUCGUGAGAACAUAACAAGACAACUGCGAUCUGAGUCAGUGGGAUCUGCGUGUGGUGUGUUGUCAGAUGGCUCAUGAGGAUGGCAACAAUAGAAUGGAGGCAAGUGAAGCUCUCAAUGUUAACGACAGAGUUGUGAGGAGUGAGGAGUACACAAGAUGUGGUCCACGACAUAUGGUGAAGGGAGCGACAGAUGGAGUAAAGAAGGUGACACUGUGUGAGAAACCAUGGUGAACAGAACAGACAAAAGUUGAUAUCAAUGAGUUUAUUGUUGUUACUCGAGUCUGUGGUAGUAUUAGAUGUUGUUGAUGUGUAGCUAUCGAGUUGACUGUUUGUUAGUUGUCUUUGCUGCAGGCGAGCUGACAGUUACUGCACAACCGCAGAGUCACAACAUAUCAAGACUGCUACAUAUUGUUUAAGACGUCAUAGA